CAUAAAUUCAGCUGCUACUUUCGUUUUCCCUCCGGAGAAGCAGCUCGUCGCUCGCUUCCCGUUCACUGCAGGAAAAUUCAAAACGGCGUGGAAGACGACGCGGGGCGAAGAAGGAUCUGCAGAAGCAGCUUAAGGAGGGGAAGAUGGCCUGGACUACCGGAGGAAACAGAGAGCUGAGGAUCGUCCUCGUGGGCAAGACUGGAGGCGGCAAAAGUGCCACAGGAAACACCAUCCUUGGCCAGAAGCUCUUUGAUUCGAAACUUCAGGCCAGGACAACCACUUUGGCCUGCCAAAAGGCGUCUUGCACUUGGAGAGGCUAUACCGUGUAUGUGAUUGACACAGCGGAUAUUUUGGGCACUGGGGCUUGCGAUGAGAGGCUGGACCAGGAGGCCAAGCGCUGCCUUGACCUCUCUCAGCCCGGCCCUCACGCGCUCGUGUUUGUGACCCAAGUGGGCCGCUUCACCGCGGAGGACGAGGAGGCCGCCAAGCGAGUCUGGGACAUGUUUGGGACGGAGGCCAUGAAGCACACCAUCCUCUUGUUCACCUGCAAAGAAGCCUUAGAAGGCAACUCCUUGCGGGGUUACGUGACGCAGUCCGACAAUGAGGCUCUCCGGAAGCUGGUCCAAGAAUGCGGGGGCCGCUUGUGCGCUUUUAAUAACAGGGCGGCAAUGGGAGAACGAGAGGACCAGGUCUCUGAGCUCAUGGAGAUGGUCCUGGAGAUGGUCCGGGGGAAUGCAAGGCCAUACCUGGAGACGCCCAUCAUGGAGGCAGCGCUUGCAUCUUACAUGGCAGAAGGAAGGAAAAGGGCCAAGGGAGAGGGAUGGGGGAAAGCUCGCGAGGGUUUCAGCUACAUAAAAAUAUUUCUCGCCGUAUGUGUGUGUGGUGCAGGGCUUUACCUCGUUCUUUACCAUUGUAAUCGUUUCUUUCAAUAUCUCCCCGUUAGCAAAGCUGAGGAUUUUUGUUUACAGAAUGCUACUCUUCCGUUCGGAGGAUGUGGGACAUUAACAGGUGCAGCAACUGAUCCCGUUUCAGCAGAGGAGCCUGAGCUUCGCAUCGUCAUUGUUGGGAAGUCCGGGGUUGGAAAAAGCGCGACUGGGAACACCAUCCUUGGGGAAAAGAGGUUUGACUCCAGGCUUGAAAUUACCCCAGUUACAAAGUCUUGCCAGUUAGGAAUAAGAGAGUGGAAGGGGAAGAGGGUAGUUGUCAUUGACACGCCCGCAAUUUUUGACUCUGAUGGAGCCCAAAAUUCUUCUGAGAUCGAGCACUGCCUACGUCUCUCCAGGCCCCGUCCGCAUGCUCUGGUUCUGGUCGUCCCAGUGGGCCGAUUCACAGAGGAAGACCACCAGGUGGUACAGAGGGUGAGGAAGACAUUCAACAGUAGCGAGAAGAAAUGCAUGGUUGUUGUCUUCAGCCACAAAGAAAGGUUGCAGAAUGAAAGCUUGGAAGAGUACAUGUCUUCCAGUGACAACAAAAACUUUCGGGAACUGAGGGAUCAGUGUGGCGGACGGUUUUGCAGUUUCAACAACAACGAAACAGGAGAGAAGCUUGCUGCCCAAGCCGAGGAAUUGCUCUCCAUGAUUGAGGAGAUGGCAGAGAAGAAUCAAGGCCAUCCUAGGAUGACACCGGAGAAAGUUGAAGGUGAUUCGGAAACCGCAACUACCGGUAAUCCAGAAAGCAACAGCCAGGCUAGUGACUAG